AUGGACUUCCUAUCAUCCUCUUCUACAUCCCCAGUGGUGAUAAUGUCGUUGCCCAAUGGUAUCUUGGACAUCCCAACCUUGUUACGGAAAUCCUUAACGCCAUCAGCUGAUGGUGCGGCACCAAAGGCGGAAGCCUCAUGGCUCCCGGUGUUUCGUGCACAGUACAACACCCAGGAGGCAAUCAAAGAACUGACAUUCGAGACGGAUGCACUUGAGAAAGAUGCGGCUAACGUCAAUGUCUGGGCCUUCGGUGCAACCAAGAAAGUGCAGUCUAUGCUCGAUCGUGCCUUAAAUGUCAUGAGUUCGUGCCUUGGACUACACAGCAAGAUCCAGGACGUCUCAGACAAGGCAAGGGGUGUACAUAUGGAUCCCACUACGGAGGCAGUCGAUGAGGAACCAGUAGAAGACACCGAUACCGAACACCACCCGCUUUUUGUAGACGACGAACUCGAUGUCUAG